AUGGCAACAAGUACACGCAUUGCUCGACGAGUGGCGAGGCAGGUCGUAAUGCCUCUUGCUGAAAUACCGACGUUUCUUUGUCCAGCUAUCCUGAGGACGACUUCAAUACCACUUCGAUGUACUUAUAGACAAUCGCAGUCCACUUCGCCAGCUUCACAGAGAAGAAGCGUCUCUUCGAUUCCAACGAUUCAAGCACAAGGACCUCCGAAAGCUCGAAAGUCGCCGUUAGAAGAGCUACCACAGCAAUGCGCAGGUUGCGGAGCCCUCUCGCAGACAGUCGAUAGUGAAGGGCCCGGAUACUAUACUCUGACCAGGAAAUCUGUCAAGACUUUUGUAGAAGGAUUAUCGACGCAGGAAUUAUCUGCGGAGGAUGAGGUCGUGAAAGCAGCUCUAGAACGAGCAGGAACGGAAGCUGCGAGCUUGAAUUUAGGAGAUUUAGAAGCUCCAGUACAAGAUCCAGAGCCACCUGUAUGUGACAGAUGCCACAAGUUGAAGCAUCAUGAAACUGGUGUUUCCAUACACCACCCAUCUAUACAAUCUAUUCAAGAUACCAUUUUCGAAUCGCCGUACAAAUACAACCAUGUCUACCAUGUUAUUGACGCAGCGGAUUUCCCCAUGUCUCUUGUGCCAGGACUACAGAAACUUUUACAUAUUACGCCACAGAGAUCGCUGAACAGAAGGUCAAAGACAGGGAGGUUCUACCAUGGACGAAGAACGGAAGUUAGCUUCAUCAUCACACGGUCCGAUUUACUUGCGCCCUUGAAGAUACAGGUUGAUCAAAUGAUGCCAUACUUAAGAGAAGUUCUUCGUGAUGCAUUGGGAAGAUCAGCAAAAGAUGUUCGCCUGGGAAAUGUGAGAUGUGUGAGUGCAAAGCAGGCUUGGUGGACGAAAGAGCUGAAAGAGGAAAUCUGGUCAAGAGGUGGUGCAGGGUGGAUGGUUGGGAAGGUCAAUGUUGGAAAGAGCCAAUUGUUCCAUGAAGUCUUUCCCAAAGGGAGAAAGACUUCGGACAAGAAGGUGGGUACUAUCUUGCCUGCGAGGACAGCCGUGACACUGGACGAGACAAAGGAGAUUGUGCUUGAUAUGGUGGAGGCAAACUCGGAAGGCAUGGAAGUAGAACCGGAGAGUCUAAUCACGUCGGACACUGCAGACAGCACCGCAAUUCAAUCCGAAGUAGAUGUGGAGCUACAAGAAGCAUUUGAUAAACUCGAAUCCUCUGCUUCUUCAUCUCUUGACACAUCUUCCCUCCUCCCCCCAGCCCCCAUCGAGGUCGACUACCCUUCCAUGCCACUCGUCUCCUCUCUCCCAGGCACAACCGCUUCACCCAUCCGCCUUCCCUUCGGUAAUGGGAAAGGCGAGCUCAUUGAUCUGCCCGGCCUCUCGCGAGGGGACCUUGAGCUCCACGUCCAGCCAGAACACCGCUCCAGCCUGGUAAUGCGCUCACGCAUCCAGCCAGAACAACAGACCAUUCGUCCACGGCAGUCACUUCUUCUCGGCGGUUUCAUACGCAUCACGGCAACGGAUCCUAAUGUCUUAUUUCUAUCUUACUCAUUCACACCUAUCGAGGCGCACGUCACUUCGACAGAGAAAGCAAUUGGCACGCAGACGCAAACACGUGAGUCUGCUCUCGUAAAUAUAUCUCUUUCUGGAACAGGAGAGAAGAUCAAAUCUGCAGGAGUAUUCCCAUUAAAAUGGGACGUCACGCGACAGCGAACUGGCCCAAUCACUUCACGCAAAGCAUUAGGCAUCAGGCCAGAGAAUCUGCCUUACAAAGUCCUUGCAACAGAUAUCCUGAUUGAAGGAUGUGGAUGGGUGGAACUCGUUGCGCAGGUUCGAAAAAAGCCGGGAGAGGUUCGUUCUUUUGCGCGCGAAUGGAAGGAGGAAUUUGACCGUGCUUCAAAGGCUGCACGGGGGGAGUCUGAAGAUUCGUCUGAGAUCGCCGACGAUGUUGUCGAUGUCGAUGCAGACGUACCUGCUGUGGAGGUGUUUUCGCCGGAAGGGAGAUUUAUCGCUUCCAGGAGACCGAUGAAUGCGUGGUUGUAUGUUGCGGGUAAACCUACCAAGGGGAAGUUACAAGGCCGGCCGAGGAAGUCUAUGAAGGGUGUGAAAAAGGCAGAGAAGAAGCGGAGUAAUGUAGGAGGGGCGGCUUUGUAA